AUGAAGAAAAUCUUGGAAGCAGUGAAUGCAGGUACUCUCCCUCUCAAUUACGCGCGCUGGUUGCGUUAUUCGGCAGCGAACGCGGGCAACAACCCUUAUAUCGUACCGGGGGUGAUUCUGGAGCUGGCUUACUGGAUUGGCCCGGAGGUGGGGACGGUGGGCGACAGCACGUACGACCAGUAUCGGGAUAUGACGGACGGCACGGGAGCAGACCAGUGGGUCGUCUUCCAUCUGCACUUUGACGAGGGAGGGGAGACUUCCAAUGUCCAUCCAUUUGUCUCUAUCACUCAAAACGGUCGCACGAGGACCUACGCGCGCACCGCGUCCAUUCGAGUGUACCACGGCCGGUACACCGUCACGGCCGGCAAUAACCUGCGUGUCCAGUCCGAUUCGGGGUCUAGUACCUGGCGGACCAGCGCCUUCUACUGCUCCGGCAAUGCCCACUGGGAUAUCGGCCGGACGGACCUGACGCCCACGGCUGACACCUGGGGGGAUGACCUGCAGAGGUGGGGUAUCAACCUGAGGUCCACGUAUCUGAGAGCCGAGCCCUGGAGACUAGUGUAUCCCGAGCUCAGUGUGACCGGCACUGAGAUCGAUGCGGACUGGAUCACCCGUGUCGCGGAACCGAGUGAGUAUGCUGCUAGUAGCUGGGUCCUCACUGAUACGCGCCAAGUAGACACCGAUGUAUAUAUUCCUAACAUUCCCCCGCCGGGACGUAGCUAG